AUGCCCUCCAGUGAGCCUCAUCCCCCCCAGUACCAUCUUCAGCACCACAACAUUCCUCCCUCGCAUCUUCAGCAACACACGUCGACAGCGAUCGGGCAACAUCAGCUCUACCAACAGCUGGUGGCCGCCCAUCAACAGCAGCAGCAGCAGCAACAACAACAGCAACAGCAGCAGCAGCAGAGACAGCAGCAACACGGCGGCCCCUUUCAAAAUUCCACGUACACGCAGCAAAAGCAGGAGAUGAGCCCGGAGGAGGAGGGGGGUCGAGGGGGCGGGUCCCCCCCGGCAGCGGGAGCUGCGUUACAUCAGCCCCAUCACCCCCGGACAGCCAGUCCACCCUCGGGCACAGAACCCUGCACCCGCGAUGCCAUACCAACGCCUACACCGAUCGUCGACACCACGACAACCACCACCACCACUACCAUGACCAUGCAGUCGCAGGGCCAGCAACAGCAACAGCAAGAACAACAAGGUCCGAGCCCCAGUCCGAGUCCAACGGGAGGCGACGUGGAAAAAUUCGACGGGAAGAUCGUUUACAAUCCGGACGGAUCGGCGUACAUUAUCGAGGGAGAGAGCGAGCUGAGCGAGGACGACUCGCUGCCGGACGGUUGCAUCGUAGACGGGCGCGGUGUCUCGGUUCCUCAUUCGCUGGUGUUUCCUCAGAUCGCGAGCGCGUAUUACGUGUCGCGAUUGUACGCGCACCAGGCGUACCAGCAACAGCAGCAGCAGCAACAGCAACGUACAACGGCGGCGCAGCAGCACAAUCCCGAUCUUCCUGUGAUGCACAGCUAUCGGGUGAUCAGUUACAGAAGCGCCGAGGGUAGCAAACAACCGCCGCCGCCUCCUGCCGCGCCGCCACCUCCAGCCGCCUCGGUGCCGGUCAAGCCUAUCCUCAUGUGUUUCAUAUGCAAACUUAGUUUCGGCUACGCGAAGAGUUUCGUGGCACACGCUCAGGGCGAACAUCAGCUCACUUUGAUGGAGGACGAACGACAGAUACUCUCACACGCGACCGCGUCGGCGAUCAUUCAGGCGGUAGGCAGAGGCAAACAACCGCUGGUCAGUUUUCUCGAGCCGGUGACGAGUUCCACUUGCCCGCAACCGUCGCCCGUGCAGAUGCAGAGCCAGCAACAGCAGCAGCAACAGCAACAGCCGCGUACCGAGUCCAAUCUCGAUCACGAGACACCGACCACGACCAGCACGCCCGCCAGCACUCCCGGAGUACCGAGCAGCCCGCAACAGCAACAACAACAACAGCAACAACCGCAGAGGCCGUCACCCAGCACACCCACCACUCCCACGUCUCACUCGAAUCAUCCCCUCGCGUACAAUCAUCAACAGACGCAGCAGCAUCAGUGGACCGGUGGCCAGGUGAGCGCCGCCUCUUGGGCAAAGGCGCCUGACGCUUCCAGCAUACACUACACGUCACCGCCGCCAUCCGCCUCGUCGACUAAAGGCUCGCCGUCCUCGUACGCAGCGUUGACCCAGCAACCGCCGAAUUUCCUCACAGGCACAACGAUCGGUGUCUGUCCCGAGCACAUGCAGGGAAGACCCAGCGGUGUCGAGUGCCCCAAGUGCGAACUGAUCUUAGCCAGCAGCAGACUGGCCGGUCCGGGCGGGCCUUUGGCCGGCAUCCAUAGCAGAAACUCGUGCAAAACGCUCAAGUGUCCGAAAUGCAACUGGCACUACAAGUACCAAGAGACUCUGGAGAUUCACAUGAAGGAGAAGCAUCCCGAGAGCGAAACCUCUUGCAUUUACUGCAUCGCCGGACAACCGCAUCCGAGGUUAGCGCGCGGCGAGACAUACACCUGCGGGUACAAGCCGUACAGAUGCGAAGUAUGCAACUACUCCACCACGACGAAGGGUAAUCUCAGCAUUCACAUGCAAAGCGACAAACAUUUGAAUAACAUGCAAGAGCUCCAACAGGGUGGCGGCGGUGGCUCGGCAGCGAGCAAUCCGUCGUCGUCGCAGGACGCGCCGAUGCCAACGAGAAGCCCCCAUCAUCAGCAAAACCACAGUCCGCACAUCGCUGGCCAGGCCGGGAGCCAAGGGAAGCCGAAGCCGACGUUUCGCUGCGACGUCUGCAACUACGAGACGAACGUCGCUCGUAACCUGAGGAUACACAUGACCAGCGAGAAGCACACGCACAACAUGCUGGUUCUGCAGCAGAACGUCAAACACAUGCAGACACUGACCGCGCUCCAGUCUCACCAUCAGCAGGCCCAGCAUCACCACCAACAAGCGCAACAGCAACACCAGCAGCAACUCGAGCAGCUGCUUCACCUCGGCGGGCUGGACAAGCCUCAGCACGCGGAGGCCGCUCUCGCGGACAUGGCCUACAAUCAGGCAUUAUUGAUUCAGAUGAUGACCGGCGGUCAGUUACCGCCGCAGUUACCGCCGGAGAUUAUGGGCGGUAUGGCCAGUAUGGGUGCUAUGGGGAAUCUCGGCGGUGACGUUGGUUUGUCACCGGACAGCAUGGAUCCGCCACCCGAGCCGGCCGAUCCCGAUCCCUCUCAUCUCUAUCAUUGCUGCGUGUGCAACAAUUUCGCCACUGAUUCGUUAGAGGCUCUCGGCCACCAUCUGGCCGUGGACAGAACGAGAACGCGGGAGGGGGAGAUCUUGGCGUUGGUAGCCGGCCACUUUGUCUGCAAACUUUGUUCCUACAAGACCAACCUGAAGGCCAAUUUCCAACUGCACUGCAAGACCGACAAGCACUUGCAACGUCUGCAACACGUGAACCACGUGAAGGAAGGCGGGCUUCGAAACGAGUGGAAGCUCAAGUACCUGGCCUCGCCCACGAGCGCCGCGCAAUUACGUUGCCACGCGUGCGACUAUUACACGAACAGCGCUCACAAAUUGGCCCUGCACGCCGCGUCGCCGAGGCACGAGGCCGCGGCGCUUCUUCUCCGUCACUUGCUCGAGGCCAGCGCCAACGUACUCUCGCAGGCCAAACUCUACCACUGCGCGUUGUGCGGCUUCAGCGCGAGACACCGAUUGCCCCUGCUGCAACACGUUCGAUCGCUCAGACAUCUUCAGAUGGAACAGUUGCACCAGCUUCAUCGGCGAAGCGGCAUCCAGGGGAACGAGACGCCGCACACCGACAUUGGCGACGUUUUCCAAGUGAUGAGCGACCCGGACGCUCCGCCCGCGCAACAGCCUAGUCCCACCACACCAACCAUGCCGAAUGCUACCAGUGCCAAUAGUGAACGACGAGAGGAAGGCAGUGACUGCGGCAGCGAGGUGAAGCAAGAACCGGAUAACGAUCAGGAGCCGGAACAAGAGCCGGAUAACGAGCACGAGGAAGUUACCUGCCCUUAUUGCACUUAUCAACCGACGUCGCGCGAAGAAUUGAGGCAGCAUUUGCAAGUGGCUCAUGUCCAGGAUGCCGAGGACAAAGCGGAGGCGGUGAAGGAAGAGCCGCCGCCGGAAUUGUUGUGCCCGCUCUGCCAGGACGGCUUCAAAGAGCGUUCCGCGCUCGAGAAACACGUGAUGCAAAUCCACUCAGUGAACGCGGACGGUUUACAACGGCUGCUGUUGCUGGUGGACCAAAGCCACUGGCUGAACAACAAUCCGCGAAAUAGCUCAACGCCGAUGGUGCCUAUGCCCUCGUCGCCGACUACCACGGCGAAACAACAACAGGAGGAGGAUAUGAGCGAGCGCGGGGCCAACGAGGAGAUCGACGAGAUCACCAGAUGCACCGUAUGCGGCCGCGUGUGCCGCUCGUUGGAGGAACUCCAACAACAUCAUAGGGAGACCCAUCCGGCCACUACGCCCACGCUCGCCGUCAGCGAGAAACACGUUUACAAGUAUCGGUGCGGACAGUGCAGCCUGGCGUUCAAAACUCUGGAGAAGCUGCAACAGCACUCGCAGUACCACGCGAUCCGGGACGCGACGAAAUGCGCGCUUUGCGGAAGAUCGUUUCGCUCGGUGCAAGCGCUCCAAAGACACCUGGAGUCAGCGCACGCGGACCUCCACGAGGACGAGCUGGCACAGUACAAGCAGAGCCUGAUACACGCUCAUCCGCUUCUUCAGGCGCUCACGGAGGAAGCCCUGCGUAGGCAGGGCAGCUUGAUCGGCGAGCAGAACGUGGACGAUGACGCUAGCAAAGCGGAAGAAGAGGAGAGCGACGCGAGCGACUCGUCGCCGUUGCACAAAGAACAGCGUCUCCUGGAGGACUAUCUCAACAGUCAACCGGUCGCCGAAGAUUCGUAUCACGAUCCGGGAAGAAAGUUCAAGUGUCAUCGUUGCAAAGUCGCGUUCACCAGGCAAAGUUACUUGACCGGGCAUAACAAAACUCUGCUCCAUCGCAAAGGCGAGAAGAUGUCCUAUCCAAUGGAGAAAUAUCUAGACCCCAAUAGACCGUACAAGUGCGACGUUUGCAAGGAGAGUUUCACCCAGAAGAACAUCCUGUUGGUUCAUUACAACAGCGUGAGCCACCUGCACAAGCUGAAAAGAGCGAUGCAGGAGCAGGGUAACAACAACACGCUCAUCUCCGUGAUGCCACCCGCCAGUCCCACAGAGUCGCCCGAUUCUCAGCAAGACCAGGACAAGAAGCCAUACAAGUGCAACAUCUGCAAGGUGGCCUAUUCGCAAGGCAGCACGUUGGACAUUCACAUGAGGAGCGUGCUGCAUCAGACUAGGGCCAGUAAACUGCCGGAUCUCGCUGCCAGUGGCCAGCUAGAUCUCGCUCGUCCGUUGAUCGAACAACCGCCGCCAAGCAGCCCGAACAGUCCACCGGUGAACACCAGCAGCACCUCUGGAAACAGCGGGACGAUGUUGUCCUGUCCCCGUUGCAACGCCUUCUUCGUCAAUCAGGAACAGCUCGCCACCCAUCAGCAACUCUACUGUAUAUUCAGCAAUCCGUUGGCGUUGUUUCAACAGCUGGCGGCGUCUCAGCAGCUCGCGUCCACUCCAGCCAAAACUCCGCCGCCAACGUCUACAACGCCCGGCCCGCAACAGCACUUGCAACAAGCCACGCAACAUUCCUCGCAAACGACGCAGGACAUUCUGUCUCAGCCUCGCCACAAGACCUCGCAGAUGUACAAACAUCUUCUGGAGAGUUUCGGUUUCGAUCUGGUGAUGCAAUUCAACGAGAACCAUCAACGACGCCAGCGCAAAGAGGAGGAGGCUGCGGCCGCGCUUCAAGCGCAGCAGGAGCAACAGAAACAGGAGCAGCAGAAGCAAGCGCUGGCUGCUCAGGCGGCGCGCGAAAGGGAGGAAGAGGCGGAGGAGCACACCGACGACGACGUCAUACCGGAGCUAACCAGGAGCACUUGUCAGCAUUGUAACAAGGAAUUCAGCAGCGUUUGGGUGUUGAAAGCUCAUUGCGAGGAGGUGCAUCGUGACUUGGUGCCGCGCGAGUUCUUGGAGAAGUACGCCCAGCAAUUUAAAUGUGAGUACGAGAAGAAGAGCGUCGUGGUGACUGUCGCGACGUCUUCUUCCACGUCGUCCGGACCCAGAAGCUCGACACCGGCCUCCAGCCAGCCGCAGGAUCUCUCCUCGGACAAGGAACAACGCGAGAAGGACAAGGAGGAUAUGAACGAGAGCAAAGAUCGAGUCAGCAAGACCCCGGAGGCUACUUCCACCACGCCGGCAACAACUCCGGCGUUGAGCAACACGCCAGUGUCAAGCACCGAUUCUACAACUCCAACCGUGUUGUCGACCAAUCCUCAGCUUCAUAUUCAACAGCAGCAGCAGCAACAACAACAGCAACAGCAGCAGCAACAGCAACAACAGCAACAGCACGCUCAGUUGACACUCGCGCAACAGAUGACAGAGAUGCAAGCCGCUUUAAACGCGAUGGCUGCGUCUCAACUGCAGCAGCAGCUUCAACAGUAUCCUGGACUGAUGAUGGGCAUGAUGGGUUUACCCCUUGGAUUGAACGUUCCCGCUCUCGCUGCCAUGAAUCUUCAACCACCGUUGGUGCCGAUGAUGCUACCGCCGCCGCCGUACGACGGAACGGCUACCGGAUAUCCACCCCCUAUCAAUGCACAAGCCGAUCUCCUUGCCAAGCAACAUCUCGCUUUGCAGCAGCAACAAGCAGCAGCCGCAAACGCGGCUGCCUCGCAGAAACGAGCGCGAACGCGCAUUACCGACGAACAGCUAAAGAUAUUACGAGCGCAUUUCGACAUCAACAAUUCCCCUGGCGAGGAACAGAUUCUAGAUAUGGCGGCUCAGAGCGGGCUACCGCCGAAAGUCAUCAAACACUGGUUCAGAAACACGUUGUUCAAAGAGCGGCAACGGAACAAGGACAGCCCGUACAACUUCAACAAUCCGCCGAGCACAACGCUGAAUCUCGAGGAGUACGAAAAGACCGGCGAGGCGAAGGUGACGCCGUUGAACUCUAGCGUGUCCGGGAGUAGUUCCUCGGACGACAAAAGCCCGAAUAAACAAGCUACACCGCCACCAUCGACCACUGCACAAGUAAACACGUCGCAGGCCAGCGAGAUCAAGCAGGAGAUUCAAGAGCAGUCGCAGUUGCACGUUCAGCAGCAUUCACAGGAGGAGCAGCAACAUCAUUCGCCCGGUAGUUCCGGCGGACAGCAGUCGAGACCGCACUCGCCGGCGCUCAGCAUGAGCUCCGUGUUCUCUGGGAUUCAUCACGACGUGUCGUCGCACGGCGCGUCGACCGCCAACGCUCCUAGCACGCCGAUGCUACCGCCGAAGCUGGCACCGCAGAACUUCACCAGCCCGACUCCCGGUGCUGGUAACGUGGUCCCGGGGGCGAUCGCGGCAAUGGCUCUGACGCCUCAACGAUCACUCAGCCCUGGCCGUGGACCGACCGAUUACUCCUUCAGCGGAAGCACCAACGGCAACAGCUCCUCGUCCGGCGGUAGCUCCGGGAAACGAGCCAACAGAACGAGAUUCACCGACUAUCAGAUCAAGGUGCUUCAGGAGUUCUUCGAGAACAACGCGUACCCGAAAGACGAUGACUUGGAGUACCUGAGCAAGCUGCUCGGGCUGAGCCCGCGCGUGAUCGUGGUAUGGUUCCAGAACGCUAGGCAAAAAGCGCGAAAGGUGUACGAAAAUCAGCCAGCCGCUGAGCCAGUGACGACGGGCAGCCGCGAGGGUGACGAUGGUUCAGGCCGCUUCCAACGGACCCCAGGCUUGAAUUACCAAUGCAAGAAGUGUUUGCUGGUGUUUCAGAGAUACUACGAGCUCAUUCGUCAUCAGAAGACGCACUGCUUCAAGGAGGAAGACGCGAAGAGGAGCGCCCAAGCGCAGGCGGCCGCGGCCCAAGUCGCCGCUGUUCUCAGCUCCGAAGACAGCAACAGCAGUUCCACCACCACCACUGCUAACGCCGUGUCCAGCAAUCCGAUCAACACUCCCGCACUCGCGGAACAGUUGCAUCAACCGUUGAACGCCACCACGUCUCCCCAUCAUCAGCAGCAGCAACAAAUGGGACAGUCGCAUCAACAUCCUCAGCAACAGUCGCAGCAGCAGCAACAGCAACAGCAACAGUCGCAGCAACAGCAACAGCAAUCGCAGCAGCAACAACCGCAACAGUCGCAAACCGAGUCGAAGGAAGGUAGUUUUCAGUGCGACAAGUGUAACCUGAUGUUCGGGCGGUUCGAACUUUGGCGCGAACAUCAGCUAGUACAUAUCAUGAACCCGUCCCUGUUCCCACCCGCCUAUCCGCCAGACUCACCGUUCGGCAUCCUCCAGCAACAAGCGCUGAACGCUACCAGCGGGGUAGCCGCCGAUACCCCUCACCCUUUGAUCGCGAUGAUGCAAGAGAGAAAGAGAAAGUACGAUGACUUCGACGAGGGAACGGUCGGCGACAGCCGCUCCAACUCCGAACACAACGAGCAGCCGAAGGACAAGCGACUAAGAACGACGAUACUGCCCGAACAGUUGGAUUAUUUGUAUCAAAAGUACCAGGUCGAGUCGAAUCCGUCGAGGAAGAUGCUGGAGACGAUCGCUCGCGAGGUCGGUCUGAAGAAACGGGUGGUGCAAGUGUGGUUCCAGAAUACGCGCGCCCGCGAACGGAAGGGCCAGUUCCGCGCGCACAGCCAGGUGAUCAACAAACGGUGCCCCUUCUGUCCGGCCUUGUUCAAAGUGAAGUCGGCCCUGGAGUCGCAUCUCAGUAGCAAACACGCCGAUCAGGUGGCUCGCGGCGAAGUGAAUAUAGAUAACAUUCCGGACGAGGAACUAUCGAUGGAGUCGGCCCCCUCGAACCCGAGCACGCCCAACAUGAUGCCGCCACUGUUCCCGCCGUUCAACACCGAAAUGGAGGCGUCCCUGAAAAAGUACUACGAGGAGUCGAUGAAGCGAUACAUCAGCGAGCUGCAGGCUCACGCCAGCAACGGCAAGCAAGAGACCGCGAACCAUCAGGCGGGUGGCAAUAGCGGCGAGUCCCCAUUGGAUCUGAGCAAACCGGUAGAUCUGAGUCGCCCGAUGAAACUGAGCCUCGGCGGGCUGUCGAAUCUCCUCGAUGAACAACACGGCGCGCACUUCCGCGGCGGCAGCGAUUGCGGUCCACUGACCGACCUCUCCGAGAGGAGCAUCUGCGACGACGACAGCAUGAGCGAGACCACGGAAUUCCUAGACGACGAGAGCGGACCGGCGAGUCCAGCCUCGAGCACACAGAGCUCCAGACAGGGUCCCGCUUCGAUGUCCGCUACCCAGGUGAAGGUGAUGAAGUCGCUGUUCUCGGACUACAAGACGCCCACCAUGGCCGAAUGCGAGAUGCUCGGACGCGAGAUCGGACUGCCGAAGCGCGUGGUUCAGGAGUGGCAGGUAUGGUUCCAGAACGCCCGUGCAAAAGAGAAAAAGGCUAGACUGGCGGCCGGUUUGCCGGCCGAAGGCUCGGCCGUCCAACCUCAUCGCGGCCCCACCGGCCCGGACGAGUGUAGACUCUGCUCGGUUCGAUACUCGGCCAAGUCGCCGCUUCAGGAGCACGUAUUCUCACGGCGACACAUCGAGUCGGUGCGUGUCGCCGUCGAGGAGGGUAGCCUCGUGCCGCCAACACCCGGCGCACCGAUCGUUCCUGGCGGCAACAGCGGCGCAGCAGGAAUCGGUAGCUCGCCGGUGGUCGGACCUGGUAACCAGCAAACCAGCCAGCAGCAACAGCAGCAGCAAUCGGACGAAAACAUGAUGUACGGAUCCUUGUUCCUCCAUCCUACGGCGAUGUUCCAGUCACAGCAACAGCAACACCCGGGCGCCGCAGCGGCUAGCACAGCUACCACUACCGCCGGUGAGUGUCUGGCUGACCUCUUAGACUCGUAA